AGUCCGUUUCGAACCGUCGUUCGGAUUGGUUGAGCCGCAGAUUAUUGCAGUCUUGUCGCGCUCCGUAAUAAGCGCGUUAACAACGCAUGCCAAACGUUUGCGUCUCGUUUUGUUCGAAAGUAUUUUCGAUGAACUUUGUUCAUGAAAUUUAUUGUUGUUAGUUCGCCUUGAAUUUUCAUCGAUAAAAAUGUUACGUCGUCGCAUUGGUUUGUUGAUUUCCACUGUGUGUAUUCUACUGCAGGUUGUGUUUGAGAGUGCAUCAGCAUCGUCAGUAGGCCUGGGAGACACCUGUUCACGUGACGAAGAGUGUCUAGUGGGCAACAGUCGCUGCUUCCAAGGAUUGUGCCAAUGCUUGCCCUACUAUGCAGUCUACAAUAAUUCACAGUGCUUGCAGUCGACUCUACUUGGUUUCGACUGUCUAGUUAAUGAGCAGUGCUCGCAGAAGGUCGCCAACAGCUCUUGUAUAGGUGGCUACUGUCGAUGUGAACAAGGCUUUCUACAGUUUCGUAGACAUACCUGUCUUACGCCUGCAAAGGUGGGAGACGUGUGCUACGGAGACUCGCACUGCCGUCUGUGGGACAGUGGGACACACUGCGACUUCCUCAUUCCCAAACUGUUCGGCAGAUGCAUCUGCACAUCGCCGCUCAAGCUCAGCUCGGCGGGAACAUGUCUGCCUCCCCGACCCCUCCGCACACCCUCGCCCACAGCCAGGCCACGUCCAGGCGGUCUGCGACCAUUCGCCACUGCCACGCGACCAUUCUCCAACCACCAGUUCUCCCACAAAAAUCAACAACAGUACAACCUCAUGAGGAAACCACCGCUGACUUCCAAUAUUCACUACAAACAAAACCAGUCUUCACAGGCGUUGUUUCUCUCCCAGAAAGUACCUGCCCACAACAAUAUCAUAGAACCUACUACCAUAUCCUACACGAAACCUAUUGUCACCACAUCCAAACCACCCAACACUUCAAUCAAAGUCACCACAUCUUCAACAAGUACCACCUUGAAAAAUGAAGGUGUUUCUAGUAGUAAACAUCCAUCUCUAAAUCAGCCCAUCAAAUACAACGCGGAAAACUCUAUAAUCGACAGUAUUGAUAAACAAUCUUCAAACACUAAGAACAGUAUCUCAUACGUACAAGAUCUCCUUGUGUCCCAGUCUGCUCAAGUAGUGGGAGUGGCUACUGAUCCCUCAUUGAUCAGCUCUUCAACAUCCGCUGUCACAUUGAAAGCACCAGUCAAGUACAGUGUCGGUAAUAUAAACUAUUUGAAACCUGCAGAAAGUUCCAAGACGCCGAGUAGUAAUCAGGUACAGCAAUCAUUUUUUGAGAGUGUUGAUAGGUCUCCUGUAGUUCCAACUACGCAAAGAAAUGUGGUAAAAACAAAACCUCCAAAGAGUACAGUUACAGCUAGACCUUCAAGCAGUACAAGUAGUUUUAGACCAACCAAAUUACCAUUCUUGUCAACAACCGUAUCGAGUGUAUCUUCUUCAUCUGCAAUGAGGCGACCUGCCACAAUGAGUCCUCAGAUAUCUUCUGCAACCUCAUCUCCAGUCACUUCUGCAAGGCCUUCCAAGUUUCCAGUAGCCAGUACCACACAUCGAACAUUAACCAAUCUUCUGUCGAAAAGACCGAUAUUCAACAAAUGGCAAGGGUUGAAGAGACCCAAUUUGAAUAAAAUUGGAAACACUGCUGCUAUAAAAAGUAAUUUAGGUGCUGCAACAACUUCUACCACUACUACUACCAGUACUACUGCUCCACCAGUUUCUCAGACUCCAGUCUCGAAUCGCUGGGACGAGGCGAAAGUGGUGAGCCUUGGACUGCCCUGUUCUUCAGAUAAGCAAUGCAAAGCUGCAGAUCCCGCAUCUCGGUGCAUGAGAGGCGUAUGUGACUGCGCCAAUCAGUCUGUCAGGAAUUCAUCCUCUGUAUGCAGUGCAACCAAUACAGGAUGUCAUGCAGGAACAUUUCAGUGUACGAGCACGGGUCAGUGCAUCUCGUGGUACUUUGUGUGCGACGGCAGACGGGACUGCGCGGACGGCUCGGACGAGGCAUGCCAGGGGGGCGGCGGAUGUCCACGGACAGCCUUCACCUGCCACCUGUCGCUGCCUCCCGCCCCCAUCUGCGUCAGUGCCGCCUCCAGGUGCAACGGAGUCAACGAGUGCCCCAACGGGGAAGACGAGCUCGAGUGCGAUGAUAAACACAACAAAGGCUGUCCAGCAAACACAUUCAAGUGUGGGUCGGGCGAGUGCCUGGCUGCCUACGAGUUCUGCAACGCGGUGAUCUCGUGCCGGGAUGGCAGUGACGAGGGGCCCGCCUGCUCGGCCACCGGAGGCGUUCACCAAUCGCAGUGGUGUCCCUUCCGCUGCGCCAACGGUCGGUGUCGAUCAACGGCGGUCACUUGCUCCGGUCGCGACGGCUGCGGUGAUAACUCCGACGAAACCAGCUGCACCGUUUGCAAGUGCCCAUCUCUAUAGAGAAAGACGCUAAAAUCCAAGAAGUAUGUGAGAAGGCCUACAGAUCUCUAGAAGCCAGCUGCAAACAAUAUAUAAUUAUAGACUCCUGAAUCAUCUUAACCGGUGAUCGAAGGUGGCUUGUGUUUUGUGAAUGUGAUGUGUGUAUUUAAUGUGAUGAACAUUGGUGAAGAUGAGGUUGUGAUAGAAUACUAACAAUUAUUAAUGAUUGAUGUUACGGAAGAUGAUUGAUGAGUGACUGAUGAUGUAAUAAUCGAGAAUCGUGAAUAAAUUCAUUGUAGAUAAUAGAUAGCUCACGGACCUGUAAAUAGUAUAAUUCUGUCAGCUCUCUAUUUGAAUUUCUAAAUCUAAUAAGACUAAGCGCUCUCUAACUGUACUUUUGUUUUAAAUAGUUUAUUUCAUGUAGCCUGAAUUGAAUAAUCCAAUGAUUAUUUAUUUCUGGGGUGAGAUUCACUCCAAAAUGCCAGUAUCAAUUCAAUGGGAGUAUUGAUUCCAUUUAUAGGGAAUGCUGACAUUUACAAUUGACCCUCACUAUAAUUCUCAAGAUUAUAGUUCUGAUUAUAUUCAUAUUUCUAGAUUUUUCAUUCUACAAUAAUAAUAAUAUUGAAUGACCCGGUUGGCUUAGGUCUGGUGUGAGAGUUUUCAGGUCGCAACUGAUCAAUUUCAACAAAAAGACUGUUUCGAAUGGAAAAGGCUUAGGCCAAUGAGCAAAUUUCCAAUUUCAAAGAUCAAAGUGUAUCAGAAAACUAUGUAUGAGUGACAACUCUCAACACUUAUCAUUAUUUAUAUUAUUUCAAUAACCUAAAACUACAGAAAAUGAAUUAUCCUGAAUAAAUCUUGAUAGAGCAUUGCUAUUUUAAAUUUCAUACAUUAUGAAAAUAAUAUUAUUAUACUGACAACUGAGCUCCAACCUUCUAAUUUGUUUACUGUUAACUGCAGUUAACCUCUUCUUCCUACGUUUAAAAAUCUUUUUCAGUUGAAAAGUAACUUCAGUAACUCUCUGUCACUUUCUAAAUAAUCGACUAAGUUAAAUUCCACCUAUCAAUAUUUUCAGAAUCGCUUGGAUUCUAGAAGCUCUCAUUUCUACUUUUGAAUAUAUGAUAUAUUGUAGAAACUAUAAUCGUGAGAUAAAAUUUGAUUCAUUGGCUGAAAUUGAGUGUUGGGUAACAUCUCUCCAACACAAAUUGCAGUCAAUUGGUACAUCACAUUUGGAAUAAGCCAUAAUCAAGAGACCAAAAGUAUUUUUAUUAUUUUUCCACUCAAGUUUUAGAGAUAGCACAUGUGUUGAUUCGCAACAUUAACUCUCACUCACACUAAUGGGAAGCAUGAAGAAUAUAGGCUUCCCUUCUUUUAAAUACUCCACAUGUUUAGCACUCUUCUUUCCUUGUACAUAAACACAAGGCGAAGACACAUCAGACUACGAAAUUGACUUUAUAAAUAAGAUGGGAAGAACAAGCGCUGAAAAACUCCAGUGAGUUAAAAUGUAAAGACUAAGAUUUUCAACUUCAUCUUUACAUUUUAACGUAGGUAUAAUAUCUUGGCCUGCAUUAUUAAAGAUAUCGAGUGGUAUUUCAUAUUUCCUAACCAUUCUCUGAAUGUUUGUGAACAAACUUGCAAGCUUCUAUAAUUUCAAUUCUAUCAAUUGUUCAAUGAGUCAAAUUUCAAGUGAAUGGUUUGUUUUCCAAUCAUAUUCAUUUAUUCAUAGACAAUAGAUACAAUGCAGGUAAAAACAACAGGCAUUCGCCCAAAACUGCUUUAAACCUUAAUUUGGAAUACACAGUCUAGAGGUUAUGUAAAUGAUAACUUAAUUCACAUACUAUUUUGAGUCCAAAAAAUGUAUCUACUACAAUAAUUUUGAAUUUAACAGAUUAAUUAAUUUAAAAAUACAAAUCCAAACAAAAAUCUUCCUUCACAAUCACAAAAAAUAUAAAAAAUUUCACUUAAAUCCACAAAAAUUAUACUCAUGUUAAAAUUCUAAACGACAAAACAUCUGAAGGUCGUGCGAUGAAAAAUAGUAUUUUUUGUAUUCUCGUACUUAUUUGAUGAGGCUAUAGUGUAAUAGGAUCCAGAGUAAUAUAAUGUAAUUAUUGACUCGAGGCCUGCGGAAUCAACUCCUUGAUCGGUCAUUUCAAAAUGUUUUACUAGUAUGGCUGAUCGUUUAGUUUUACUGAGUAAUUUUAGCUAUUGGAUAGCUAAUAAAUGUUAAUUAUUUAAAUACUGCUUUCAAACUGAGAACUCAUUCUCAAUUUUAGUGAUGACUUCACUUAGGAUUGUUUAAAAGUUUUCAAAUAUAUGAGAAUAUAUUGUAAACACGCAACUCCACUGCAGAUUGUGAGAAAUUUCAGAUUGUAAAACCAACUGAUUUGGGUUUAUUUUCAAUUUAAAAACUUAUUAGAAUAUCCUUCUCCUAUUAUUGAUAAAUCAAGGAAACUCUAACACAUCUCUCAAUAUUACAAUAGUCCAUUAAUAAUUCGAUAUAAGGUGUAUAUUCUAGGCUAGCGCUUAUAUUAAGUAACUUACUUUUAAAAGUUUCGUCAUUAAAACUUAUUGUCUUUUGAUAUAAAAUUGUUUGAAGUGAUCAUUUGUAUGUUUUAUUUUAUCACUUGUUUGUAAGAUACUUCAAGGUUGCAUGAAUAAAUGAGGAUUCAAAUCAUGA